AUGUCUCAAUUCUCUGACGCUGGCCCCUCAUCCCGAUAUGAGAGUGAUGCAGAUAAUCUCUCCUUUCCUCGGUCUGACGAUGCCUAUCUCUUUACCCCUGAGUCGCCGAGCAGUCAGCAAACAACUGUUUCUGUCCAAGAUUCACCCUUCCUUCGACCACCACCACCAUCACCUUCGAUUCCUCAGUCCCUUGGGCGCGUUGGCCCAAAUCGAACGAAGAACUUCAUUCUUUAUUCAGUCAUGAAUAAAGCGGAUUUUAUGGAUUGGUGGCUUCAGACAAUGGCGGCAGCUGAGAGAGACGAGGCACCAAAAGGCGAUCCUAGACGCAAGUUUGAGUGGGAUGGAACCAGAAAGCAUUCGACAAGCUGGGAAAAUUUGGACCAGGUGGCACAUAUUAACACAUAUUAA